UACAGAGAAGAGCAACAAAGAUGAUUAGGGGACUGGAGGCUAAAACAUAUAAGGAACGGCUGCUGGAAUUGGGUAUUUUCUAGUUUAAUGAAAAUUUUUAAUAAAAAUAAAGGGCUGUGAAGUUUAAGGAAAAGAAUGGUCAUCACCAAGGAAGAAAAGGUUUGCCUGAUUUUAAACAGGAUGUCCAGAAUUGUCCUAUAUGCACAAUAAGCAACAAGUCCUGGACUUCCUUCUAAACAGACAUCUGGCUUGUCAUUUUUAAACCUUUUCUUUCUUGGUUGGUUAAAAAGAAGGCCUCUCCAUACCAAUAAUGUGUGAUUAAAAGAUCAAUAAUCUGAUUGAUUGUACUAAGCUUGACUUUUUUUAACCAUCUCAGCCCAAUCUUCUCCCUAAAGCUAUUUGAAAGUCUUAUUACCAUGUAUGCAUUGCCAUCCUGAUAUUCUGCUCUCUUCCCAGAGCUCAUAAUAAAGUAUAUUUAUAUGUUUAUUUUUCUUUUCCAGGAAGAAAUACUUUAUUUGUGAAUGGAUUCUCCUUAUAUAGUCUGAUUUCAGACAUGACUGUGGAAAAUAUAUAUUAUACCUUAGGAAAUGAAUUUGUCAUCUGGUCAAGUUGCACUUUGAAAGAAUAUGCAGGCUUUAUGUUAUAUCCCUUAACUUUGAUAGGGAUUCUGAUAAUAUUAUAUUAUCCCCUUGUGUGUUUUUUGUUUCUGUUAUAUGUCUACAAUGCAAUACUUGUCGUAUGGAAAAAAAUUGGCAAUCUGCCAGAAGAUAUAAAUAGCCAAGAAUGGGACAAGCCAAAGCAAUUUUUGGCACUGGCAGCUGAGUGGCAUGCAAGGAUACUGCACAGUUAUGAGGUUUCUGGACUAGAAAAUCUACCAAAAGAACCAGCGAUCCUUGUUUAUUACCAUGGACCCAUACCAAUGGACCACUAUUUUCUUAUCCAUAGGAUUUUUAGACUUACCAGGAAACCCUUCUAUUCUGUAAUGGAUCAUACUGUUUUUCGUCUACCAGGAUUAAAUAUGUGCCGCUUAUUCAAUUACGCUGUUCAUCCUACAAGAGAAAAGAGCGUAAACAUUCUGAAACAAGGACACCAGCUGAUGGUUGCACCAGGAGGACUGCGAGAGCAGAACUAUGGAAAUAACCGCUACAAGAUGAUAUGGGGAAACAGGAAAGGAUUUGCUCAUAUAGCUAUAGAUGCAAAAGUGCCAAUCAUCCCUAUAUUUACACAAAAUAUUAGAGAAGGAUAUGUAACAUAUGGAAAUAUAAGACCAAUGAGAUGGUUAUAUGAGCGAACCCGAUGGCUCCCCUUUCCAUUAUAUGGAAUGUUUCCAGUUAAACUUAUAAGCCAUAUUGGAAAACCAAUUCCGUAUGAUCCAGAUAUAACUCCUGAAAAAUUAGCUGAAAAAACUCAAAGGGCAAUGGAGGCUUUACGGGACAAACAUCAGAAAAUCCCAGGAAGUAUAUUGCAGGCUAUUAGGCAACGCUUUGAGACAUGUAACAAUGAUAAACAGUGAUAUAACAACAAUAAUAUCUGUAAAUAAUAUAUAUGUGUGUGUGGAUAAUAUAUUUGUAUAUGUAGUACAUGUUUUUUCGGAGGCACUUUUCUUCAAAAAAAAAUGAAGAGGCAAGAUUGAGAUGGGGAAGAGUAUCUGUUUAAUUCAAUGUGUUUAAAUGAAGGGUCAGAUGAAAAAAUUAUACUUGGAGAUGAGGCCCUGGGGAUCAUAAGAAGGAUCCUAUGUGGAGAUAGGACCCAGAUGUGGGUGUGACGGACAUGAGAGUGAGGAAGAUGAAUUGUGAGAGAAACAUUUACUCUUGGACAAUUACCCACCUUUUUCUUUGCAGUACAAGCUUCCUAACGACAUACUUGAUAGCAUUACAAGAAGGGCUGGGAGGAGUUGAGUGGGGGAGUAAGGGAGGGGGGCUACAGGAGCAAUGAAGUGAGACAGACUCACAAGUUCAUCUGUCAGAAACAACUUAGCCAGGAUGUUAGUACAUGAAUAGAUCACUUACAAGAAACCCAAAACCGCAUAGCUGGCACAGAAAACUAGAAGUGGCAUGACAUUUAGCUAUUUUGCAUAGCAAGUGAGAAAGCUUUAGGGGGCUGCAAUCCAGGUAACCAAUCAAUAUUAUGUAUUAUGCAUGUAUUAUUAGGGGGAGGGCAAAGGGGUGUAUUGGGAGGGCAAAUGGGUGUAUGUGAAUCACCUUUGAUUAUAAAAACUGCUAUAAAACUGUAAUUGGGGCCUUGGUAGCUUUUAAAGCCAGGGCUACUUUCAUCUUGGUACCAAAAUAAAAGUCUUUUUUGGUUCCACA